AUGUAGGAAUAUGUGUGACUAGUGAGUACCAUGGAGUCUUAAAGUACUCUGCUUUGUUUCAAACCUCACAGUUCAACUGCCCUGUCCAUCAGACUUGUUUGCGCUGAAGAUUGUUUACCACCCUGCCCCCUAGUGACUGAACUUGAGGGGCAGAAAGGAGGGCUUGGAUCUUUGCUCUCUGAUGUCCGUGCAUGGGGAGGUCAGGUUAUUAUUAACCUGUUUUUACGGUGUUAAAUGUGUAGACUAAGCUGCUUGGAAUGAUUUAGCCCUUUCUGCAGAAGGUUGUUUUACAGUGAUCUUGAUCAGGGAGGUUUUUCUCAUUUCGGGUCGCAACGCAGCCCACACGGCAGCUGCGGAUGCGCAGCGCGACGCUCAAGAGGACAGAGGACAUGUGUAGCACGUGUCGGGGGGGAGUCACAGCCACUCACGCACUCGGAAGGCGGAGCGAGCGCCCCUAUUGGCCGCCUGCGGUAGCGCCCCCGCGAGACACGGUGGCCGGGCUGCGGCGCGCGCGGCGCUGGAACUGGACGUUCUCUGCGAUUUCUGUGGUCUCGCGCUGGGCGGGGGGCCGCCGCUUCUCGCAGCGGGCUUCGUGUUGCAGCUUCGCUUCUUUUUAAACGCAUUUCGACGGGGUCGUGGAUUCUGACAUUGUUUUACACUGUUUUCGAUGCUUGAGUGUUGAGGGCUCCUUCCGUUCGUUGCCAAUGUUUUAGAAAGCUCUUCUGCACGGCCGAUUAACUGCAUUAAACACAAUAUACAGUGCGAUUUGCGUUCCCCACCGCCCAUUUUUUUGCACGCCUCCUGCAAUGGAUGAAGGCGGCGAUGGCCCAGCGUCAAGCAGGAACGUGCUGUGUUUAUUUGACGUGGACGGCACGCUGACGCCCGCGAGACAAAAGAUCGACCCUGAGCUGGACCGCUUCCUUCAGUCCCUGCGGAAGAAGGUGAAGAUCGGUGUGGUGGGCGGUUCUGACUACUCCAAGAUCGCCGAGCAGCUGGGGGACGGCGACGAAGUGAUACGCAAGUACGACUAUGUGUUUGCGGAGAACGGCACGGUGCAGUACAAAGACGGGAAGCUCAUCUCUAAGCAGGCCAUCCAGAAUCGCCUAGGAGAGGAACUGCUGCAGGAUCUCAUCAACUUCUGUCUUCGGUACAUGGGCCUCAUCAAACUGCCGAAGAAACGGGGUACUUUUAUUGAGUUUCGCAAUGGAACAAUCAAUAUAUCUCCGAUUGGCCGGAGCUGUACGCAGGAAGAGCGGAUCGAGUUCUCUGAAAUUGACAAGAAAGAGAAGAUCCGUGAGAAGUUUGUGGAAGCCCUUCAGAAGGAGUUUGCUGGGAAGGGGCUGCAGUUCACCAGAGGGGGCGUCAUCAGCUUUGAUGUGUUCCCUGAAGGUUGGGACAAGCGCCUCUGCCUGGACGUUCUCGAGCAGGAGGGACUGGACGCCAUCUACUUCUUUGGCAACGAGACAUCGCCUGGCGGCAAUGACUACGAAAUCUUCAGUGACCCCCGGACGAUAGGCUUUGCAGUGUGUUCCCCCAGCGACACGGCCCAACUCUGCAGAGAACUUUUCAACAUCCCAGCUGAUGAGUCCUGACCCACGCAACAGGGGUGACCUUGCUCUCAGAACACACUCCCACCCCCUGUUGGCUGGGUGUUGUAUUGCACACAGAACACACAUUGUGACCCCCCCCCCCCGGGGCAUAGCCUUCACUGAACUGGAAGCACCACUACUACUGAUCCACUACUACCCUUUUAACUGAAUUAUUGAUGAUGGUGAUCAUGAGCGCUGUAGUACCAAAAUCAGUUUAAGUAUUAAAAAAACUGACUGUAGGGGAAAAGGCAGUGUUAAAGUAUAUCUUUUAUCACUUUUGUUUUUAAAAGUUUAAUAAUGUUGAUAAAGAGAACAUGGAGCAUUUUUUUUUAAAUAAUUUCACUGAUGUUUUUACCCUUAGGAGGACCAGCAAUUGUUUUAGCAUUUAAAAAUGAUUAAUAUGGACCUUUUGCACAGGUGGCAUUAGCAGAGGUGUAUUGGGUUCUACAUUAUUGUGAAUAUAGACCCAGUGCUGCCACAGCAGUUUACAUAGUAGCAGGUGAUGUGAUGUAGCAAACGUUGGCAUUGCAUGGCAAGGCCCAUACUGGUAAUUGCCUGUGAAAUUUGGUGGAUGUUUUACACGUGAUGUAUAAUUUGAGGCAGGUGCUGAGGACAGUUAUGUACUAGUGAUCUAGUGUUUUUGUCUUGAAGAAUCAUUUCUUCUCAUACCUGUGUAGCAUCAAAUGUGUCACCUGCAGCUGUCAUGCACAUUACAGGUACAUUUGUGCAUAGGAAAAAUUGAAUGUCAUUUUUAAAAUUUAAAAAAAAAAAAUCCUGCCACAUAAAUGGCCAAUGUGUUGAACGAUAAACUAUGUAAGUCAUUGUCACAACUUUCGCUGAGCAUUGGAGCACCAGUGAUGAGAACCUUGGUGCCUCCCAGAUUACUUAGGGCUUUGAUCUGCUCCUUCGUCCCUCCGACUGAUGAGCGUCAGUCCUGUCCGUACGCCGGUAGGGGUGUGACCAUGCCACAUACCCCCAUUUUCAUUUCGAGUGGCUAUGCUGGACUGGCUGGAAAGCAACCCGGUGGUUAAGACAGUUUAUUUUAACAAGAAGUUUGUGGAAGGUGGUCCUGUGUGGGUCUCUUCUGCUGUGUCUAUAGGCAAUGUUCUGACCUGGAUUUCCAUAGUUAAAAAAAAAAAAAAAAAAAAACCCACUGUGGCUUAAGGGUUUUAAAAUGACAACUUAUGCAGGUCCCUUUGGACAAGGAAGGACCAAAUAGACUCAGUUCUACGGUGAAAAGACACGAAAUGUAUUUGGACUUGGCAAGUGACUAAAGAAUAAAGUUAUUUUUACUAUCA